GAGACUGGGGGGUAUAAAGCCAUUUCUUUCUUCUCGUGAGUUCCAGUAUCCGCCACCUUAGUAGCUACAUCUAACAUCAUGGCCAAGAAUCCCACACGCAAAAUUGGCACCGACGAUGUCUCUACCAUUGGCUUUGGUGCCAUGGGCAUAGGAGCAUUUUACGGUCAGACUGAUUCAGAUGAGGAGCGCUUCAAGGUUCUGGAUAAAGCGUAUGAACUCGGCUGCACUUUCUGGGACACUGCCAAUGUCUAUGGAGACAGCGAAGAGCUCAUUGGCAAAUGGUUCAAGCUGAACCCCGAAAAGCGGAGCAAAAUUUUCCUUUCUACAAAAUUCGGUAUCGUCAUCAGUGGAUCUGACAAUAGAGGGGUUGACGGAUCUCCAAAAAAUGUUCACGAGUCAUUUGCAAAAUCACAAAGGUUGCUUGGUGUUGACAAGGUCGAGCUUUACUACUUGCACAGACCUGAUCAACAAACACCAAUCGAAGAAACUGUCGGCGCCAUGGCAGAACUUGUUAAACAGGGGAAAGUGAAGUAUCUUGGGCUGUCAGAAUGCAGUGCGGACACCUUGCGCCGUGCUCAGAAAGUGCACCCUAUCGCUGCCGUCCAAGUGGAGUAUUCGCCUUUCACCCUCGACAUCGAGGACUCAAAGCUCAACAUUCUAAACAUGGCUCGUGAACUCGGAAUCAAAAUAAUUGCCUACUCGCCUCUUGGGCGUGGUUUGAUUACGGGACAGUAUAAAUCUCCAGAUGACUUCGAUUCUGAUGAUUUCAGGAGGAUGGUUCCCAGAUACUCGAAGGAGAACUUCCCGAACAUAUUGAAACUGGCAGAUAACCUGAAGAAAGUGGGCGAGCAAUAUAAUGCAACCGCGGGACAAGUCGCGUUGGCAUGGCUUCUUGCCCAAGGUGAGGAUGUCAUCCCCAUUCCGGGUACAAAGAAGAUCAAGUAUCUCGAGGAGAACCUCGGUGCUAUCGAUGUGUCAUUAAGUCCUGAAUCAGUCCAGGAAGUACGUAUUAUUGCGGAGAAGGCUGAUUGGGUGGUUGGGGAUCGCUAUCCUUUAGCGGAUAUGAAGGUGCUGUAUGCAGAGACCCCACUUCCGAAGAGUACCUGAACUGUGUCAUGAAUUUGAGCCCCAUAGAUACAUUCUCAAUGAUUGCAACUGUACUUGUACGUACAUGCAGCAAUGUCAGAUGCAUGUUUCGGUCGACCGA